UUUUGACAUUUUUUUGAUAUGUCAGAAAGCUGCGGAGGGUGCAGAUGCAGCGUGGCUCUAAUUCAUCACACUGGCAGAACAAAAGGCAAAAGUAUGACAGGUCAAGUCCAAAUUGAGUCUAACAGUGCGUCAGCUCGUCAGAAGGGUCGAGGGUCAAUUAUGGAGGUCGUGAAGAGGGCGUUAAUUUACAGUUUACAGCUUCUGGCUGGUGGGCCGGGGUCGACACAUCUGGGCUGACACGUGCAGUGCAUAAAAUCAAGCACAAAAUAUGUUGAAAGCAGUUUUAGUCUCGUAGCAGGGAUUCGAGAAACGGCCACAGCGUGGACAGACAACAUCCUGGCCAGAACGCACGAACUGGGGGAAAGACGUUCGUAACCCGCGUUGGAUUUUUCUUUCUCAACAACUCGUUUGUCAAGAGUCAUUGUUUGAUCUUCAUAGUAACCUCUUCUAAAGAAGUGUGUUUGAGAAUGUUCGCUCUCUCCGGCGUGGACCAAGGGCUGGGAGCCAGGUCUGCGUCUCUGUUGAUGACAUACUUGGUUCUCAUGCACACAGCUCCAGUCACACCCAAGUCUGUGUCCUCCAAAUAUUGUGUCACGAAAGAUGGAAAACGUCUCAGCCCAGAUGAGACUGCCUACGUGUCCAGUGACGUUCCAGGAGGCCCGUGUGACGUGUGUCGUUGUUACAUCACCGGGGAUCUGAUGUGUCACAAGCAGAACUGUGUCACGCCGAUGUGUGUGGGUCCCUACGUCACCAUGGGGCACAAGUGCUGCUGGAGCUGCCCCUUGGGAAACAACUGCUUGCUGCCCUCAGGGGCUGUGCUGUACGCCGGGGACAAUGUGGACCAGGAUGGCAAGACCUGCUUCUGUCCCCAGCAGAACGACAAGAACAUGUACGGCGUGCGACAGCGACAACACUACACCGCCGUGUGCGUGCAGCACGUGUCGGCAUCAAGUUUGUCAACAAAGCCAACGGAUAAUCGGAGGAAGACUGUUUCUUCCAUCCUGGGUGCAAGGUUGACGAAUAAUUAGGGUAACUGAACAGUGGUAAUGAAAGAGCGACAAGUAUUUAGGGUAAACUGUUUCUUCUACGACUUGACACACUGGCGAGAGCAGACUUUAUAUUUUGAUAGCUGGCCGAGUUCACGAACAUGUCAUUUAGGAGUGAAAAUCUUCAGAGAGGGAAUUAGGAUGUUGGUUCCAAACACGCGAGCAACAGAGGUAGUAAGCAGUACAAAAGACAAACCAGUUUCAAUAUUGCUGAUGUCCUGCUGCUGAUUAUCUUAAGAACUUUGUGACGAAGAAGGCCGAUGAAAUGUUGUGACUUGUUGUGAUGAUGAUGUGUGAGGUACCUGGGCAGGUGUAACAUCAUGACACUGAAGACGCUGUGGCUGAUGUCCGUAGAAUUAAUUAGUUAAGAACUGUCUCUAGAGAUUCCCUAUCAGUAUAUGUAGUCAGUUUAUUUUUUUUAAACCACGUAUUUGCUGUUUGUUUUUUAUAUUUUUUAAAUUUUUUUUUGUAUCUCGAGACCUCUUUUGAUGUUUGAACAACUGCUAUUUGAGUAACGGCCAAUUUAGUUUCUUUUUUGACGAGUAACUGGUAAGAUGUUGUGUUCAUCAUCUCUGAUGCAAUGAAUGACUACUUGUUACUAUCCUGCUGACAUAUUCACAACUGUGACUAGUUUUGGUCUUUCGGUAAAGUCUUACAUUAGUAACAUCUAUUUGUUUGUCUUUAUGCACUUGUAACCCGCC